CCUGUACGCGUCACUGUCGCGUUCGCAGACCAUUCUGCCUUCCGACUUCUCUCCAUCGUCAUGUCGUCUGCUGCACCCCCACCAGAUCCCCCGUCUAAUGCCAACCCAGAGAAGCAGCCAGAGGACUCUAUCUCCCCUGCGCAAGGUGAGGAAGUAGCCAUGGACACGACGCCCGACCAACCGCCGGAGGAAAAUUGGGAGGACAUUCCCCAAGAUAUCAUGUCACUCAGCACAGACGAAAUUCUGACCAGAAUACGCUUAAUAGAUAAUGAUAUCAAGGUUAUGCGCUCAGAGACUUUACGAUUACAGCAUGAACAGAGCGUAAUGAAGGAGAAGAUUCGUGACAACGGGGAGAAGAUCAAACAGAACAAGGUCCUGCCAUAUCUCGUUGGCAACGUUGUCGAGAUUCUUGACGUCGAUCCUGAGGGCGAAGAGGAUGGUGCUAACCAGGACCUCGACUCCAUGCGAAAAGGAAAAUGUGCUGUCAUCAAAACCUCUACCCGCCAAACCGUCUUCCUUCCAUUGAUAGGCCUUGUUCCCCCGGAGAAACUCAAACCAGGCGACCUCGUUGGUGUCAACAAAGACUCAUACCUUGUCCUCGACACGCUUCCUGCAGAAUUCGAUUCUAGAGUGAAAGCUAUGGAAGUUGAUGAGCGGCCAACGGAGAGGUAUACAGAUAUCGGUGGCCUGGAGAAACAGAUUGAGGAGCUUAUGGAGGCCAUCGUGUUGCCUAUGGAACACAGUGAGAAAUUCAAAACUAUCGGCAUCCGUCCUCCAAAGGGCUGUCUGAUGUAUGGUCCCCCUGGUACUGGGAAGACCCUCCUUGCACGAGCAUGCGCUGCUCAGACACAGGCAUGUUACCUCAAGCUAGCUGGGCCUUCACUGGUGCAGAUGUUCAUCGGUGACGGCGCCAAGCUGGUACGGGACGCAUUUGCUCUUGCCAAGCAGAAGGCGCCAGCUAUCAUUUUCAUUGAUGAGUUGGAUGCCAUUGGUACGAAACGAUUCGACUCGGAGAAAAGUGGUGAUCGUGAGGUGCAGAGGACGAUGCUUGAGUUGCUCAACCAACUCGAUGGUUUCAGUAGUGAUGAACGAAUCAAAGUCAUAGCUGCAACAAACCGAAUCGAUAUCCUUGAUCCCGCCCUUCUUCGUUCCGGUCGUCUAGAUCGUAAGAUCGAAUUCCCUCUACCGAACGAAUCUGCCCGUGCUCGUAUUCUGGAGAUCCAUUCACGGAAGAUGACGGUAUCCCCUGAAGUCAACUUCGACGAGUUAGCCAGGAGUACGGAUGAAUUCAAUGCUGCGCAACUGAAGGCGGUCUGUGUUGAAGCAGGAAUGAUCGCAUUGAGGGAAGGUGCUUCUAAGCUAGGGCACGAGCAUUUCUUGAGUGGUAUAGCGGAAGUACAAAGCAAGAAGAAGAACGACCUCAUGUACUUUGCAUAGUUUAAUGUCAUUCGUGUUGGCUUUCACAUACUCCCUUUCUGGCCGAGAUGUUCCUGUCCUGAAUUUUGUAGGCUUCUCCUGUCCUAUGGGUACUCUUGAGACGAUUCGCUUUAACCUCUCAGCACGCCUUAUAAAUCGGGCCGCUCUUUUCUGAUCCGGUAGACUAGCAUCAAAUUGUCGCCCUACAACAUAUGGCAAUAACCCCAUAUAUUAUUAACUAUAUACAGAUUAUUAAUGUAAUGCGGCGCCUUC